GAUGAAUUUCGUAUAAAAGCAAGUGGUUGACGAACAAUUGACAUCAAAGAAGUAUAAUCUUCAGCUAAACCCACAACCCAUCAAAAUGUUCAAAUUGUUCUCGGUCUGCUUCCUCGCCCUCUUCGCCGUUGCCUUCGGCGCUGCUAAGCCCGGUCUCUUGGCUGCUCCAUUGGCAUACUCCGCUCCAUUAGCGGCCGCCCCAGUUGCUGCUGCCUAUGCCGCUCCAGUCGCCGCUGCUUACUCCGCACCCCUCGCCUACACCGCAGGAUAUGCUGGUUACGUCGCACCUUACGCCAGCAGCUACUCCGCUCACUCGAUUGCCCACUCCGCCGCUUUCCCAGCUGCCUAUGCCGCCGCUCCAGUGGUUGCCGCGCCAGCGCCAGUCCUUGCUGCUGCCCCAGCUGUUGCUGUAUUGAAGAAAUAGAGGGAAUUUCGAGAAAGCAAUUUCCGAAACUAAUAUGGACCUUUGCAAUGAAAUAAAGCUGAUGAUUAGAAAAAUAUGAAACAAAACUUGUGCAUUUUU